UGGGAUGUUUAUGGGAUGUUUGUACAAACACUGUUGCAACUUGCAUCCCAUCAGCUGCGUGGAAUUCGUUUUCUCAAGGUCACGAGAGAGUUGAAGUGAACGACGACGGUUGCAAGUUCAUAUACAAAAUAUAAUGAUGACUGAAUCAAUCAAGAAGAUGAAAUUUUACUCAAAGCUCCCUUCAAAACCUUUUUGCCUUGAACUACUGGAUACUGAAGCAUGUUGAUUUUGAAACAUUGUGUCUUGGCUGGACAGUCUAUUUACAUUGAGAUGAAUACAUGAUUCCUGUCACCACAUACAUACUAAAAGCCAUGGAUGAUUGUGUCCUGGACAACAUGUCUGCAAUAUAACUACAAUUCUGACAGAAACAUGACAUUAAGCAGGUACACAAACCUAACUUCUUAACUUACAGCUAGAAACUCUUUCAAAUCAUGACCAAAUUGCUUCCAGCAGAAGAUAACUUAACUUCAUCUAUUUUUCCUGAAAACUGUCCAAAUUGCAGUGUGAUAUCUUCUUUUGAGAUAGGUGUCACAAAGACACUAGCCUUAGGCUUGGUGCUGAUGGUCUUUAUAAUAUUCGGUGUGAUGGGCAACAUCCUGGUCAUCCUCUCCGUGGCAUGCCAUCGCCAUCUUCGCUCUGUAACGCAUUACUUUAUUGCCAAUCUUGCUGUAGCAGACCUGCUUCUGAGCUCUGUGGUGGUACCUUUCUCUGCUGUCUCUGAAGCCUUGGACCGCUGGGUGUUCGGCCAUACUUUAUGUAAUGCCUGGACUGCGCUUGACGUGCUGUGCAGCACAGCCUCAAUCCUUAGCCUUUGCGUUAUCUCUGUGGAUCGUUGUGUGGCGGUCAGUUUCCCGCUGAGAUACACUUUCCUAGCCACAAGACAGAGGGCACUGGCCGCAGUCGCAGCUCUCUGGGCCCUUUCGGCUGCCAUAUCUGUCGGCCCACUGUUUGGAUGGAGAGAGCCCAUGCCGGAGGAUGAAUCAGUGUGCAGAGUCAACGAGGAACCAGGGUACGCAAUCUUCUCUGCUGCGUGCUCCUUCUACGUGCCGUUGGCGGUGAUUUUGGCAAUGUACUGUAGGGUGUACGUGGUGGCCCGGCACAAAACUCGCUCCAUGAAUAAGGGAUGGCAGACUAAUGGGUUAACGGAGCAUGGGGAGACACUGCGGAUUCACUGUCGCAAAGCUCAGGAUGCUGCGGGGAAGGAAGGAGCCAUGCGAUCAAGGCAGUCACACUUUACUUUCAUGCGUCUGCUGAAGUUUUCCCGGGAGAAGAAGGCAGCCAAGACUCUGGGGAUUGUGGUGGGCUGCUUCGUGCUCUGCUGGCUGCCUUUUUUUGUAGUACUGCCAAUAAGCUCCAUCUCCCACUCCCAUAGACCCUCAGAGACUGUCUUUAAAAUUACUUUCUGGCUUGGCUACUUCAACAGCUGCCUCAACCCCAUCAUCUACCCAUGCUUCAGCCAGGAGUUCAAGAAGGCUUUCCAGAAUGUUCUUCAUGGCCAUUGCCUCAACAGAACGCCCUGGAGCCCCCCGGCAGGCCAUUGUCGAAGCCCAAUUACCCUGCAUGACCCCAAACCAGACUCACCCUUCAACCUCGCCCUGCCUUCACAGGGUUCACCAUCUAGAUCUGCUGACUCAGCAGCAUGCUGGAUGUCUAAUAAGGCAUCACCUACCACUGUGGCACUGACUGAGCAUUCCUGUACUGCACAUGGCCAUGGUAUGUGUGUACUGAAGACCUGCUGCUUCAGUACCACUGAGAAAUCUGCAUGCUCUGGCAUGGAACUGCAUGCAACUACAGUACCCUCUCUGACUAAGGUUCAUCAGGUUACUAUAGGUGACAUGGAAGGUGAGGCUAUAUGAAAUGUUUCAGAAAUAAUUUCAGUCUCUAAAGAGAACUUUUAAAUAGGCAUUUUACAAAGAACAAAACAUUAUGAAACUUGGAAAGCUUCUGUAGAAGGGUACACAAUGUCAGAAGGCUCUGCAUUUGAGGGAUCUCUUGUACACGUAUGCCACCUAAUGGCAAA